AUGGAUUUAAGCUUCACCACUAAAAGUGUCAAAAUUAAUGGCCAAGACCAUAGAAUUUUACUGCAAAACGAAAACGGACCUUGUGCGUUGUUAGCACUUGUUAAUGUAUUGAUUCUUUCCCCAGACCAUACACACUUUUCCUGUGAAUUACUAAAGCUAGUAAACAAGGCAAGUGAAAUAUCUCUACGGGAACUUAUUGAAGUGUUAGCUGACAUCGGUUUACAAGUCACAGACAAAGCUAGUACAGAUAUAAGUGAACUACUGACUUUAUUACCUCAAUUACAUGAAGGGCUAAACAUUAACCCCGAGUUCAAUGGGUCUUUUGAUAAUUCUAAAGAGAUGUCAAUAUUUCGGUUGUUUGACGUUGACCUCGUCCAUGGUUGGGUUAUUGAUAGUUCUGUAAAUAAAGCUGUUAAUGAAAAACUGUCUCAAUAUUCUUAUGAAUCAGCCCAGAGAACCUUAACGCAAGCAGCUGAUAUAUAUAGUGGACUUUCAAAAGAUAAUAAUUCAGAGGAAAUUUUAACUGAUGCUAUGCAUUUAGAGUUUUUUUUGAACGAGUCACCUACCCAAUUAACCACCUUUGGACUACGCCAAUUAAGAGAAAAAUUGUUGCACAACACAUACUCCAUUCUAUUCAGAAAUGAUCAUUUCUCUACACUGUAUAAAUAUAAAGAUCAGUUAUACACAUUGGUUACAGAUUUUGGGUAUAAGAAUUGUAAAGAUAUCGUGUGGCAGUCCUUAGAUUCUGUAGACGGCUCGGGUGAUGCUUUUUGUACUGGAGAUUUCAAUAGUGCAGAAGUAGAUGAACAACAAUUAUUAACUGAGAUUGGACGCAAAUUUGGAACUGAUAGCGUCCUGUUUAAAGAUGUUCAACAGAUUGAAAACGAUAAACAACUAGCCAGACAAUUACAACAACAAGAGCAAGAAAGUGUUAAAAAAUUGGAAACAAAGCGGAAAAACUGUUACCAUAAAAAGAAUUCAGGAAUGCACGUUCCAGUCAAGAAAGACACUUCUAAACGAAGAAACAGCCUUCUCAAAACAAAACCUUCUGAGACAGAGAAAAGUGAAUGCGUUAUAAUGUAA